CCCCAGUCUGCCGUUCCCAUUGGCUUUCCAGGUUGUCAGUCGGGAAAGCACUUGGCAACUGUCUCCCUGCAUCUAGAGGACGGCGCUGGGGGAUGCGGGGCAGGGGGUGGUACUGCCGGUUUGGGGCUGACAGGUUUACUUAAGAAACUGGGGAAACAAAGGUAAUUGCCAAAAAAGAAACAUGUUGAGGGACACCAUGAAGUCUUGGAAUGAAAGCUCAGAUCUCUACAGCAGUGACCAGGAAGAGGAAGAGGAGGAAGAGAUGAUUUUUGGCGAAAAUGAUGAUGAUCUUGAGGAGUUAAUGGAUCUCAGUGACCUUCCUGCAUCUCUGUUUGCCUGUAGUGUCCAUGAUUCUGUGUUUGAGGUGGAUGAACAAAAGGAAAGAUUCAAAGCCCUAUUCACAGUAUACGAUGAGCAGGUUUCCUUCCAGAUGUUUAAAAGCUUCAGGCGAGUAAGAAUUAACUUCAGCAACCCGGAAGCCGCCGCAAGAGCCAGAAUUGAGCUUCAUGAAUCCAGUUUCAACGGAAAGAAAUUAAAACUUUACUUUGCACAGGUACAAGUAUCAAAUGAGGAAGGGGAGAAUUCUUUUCUGUUGCCACCCCAGCCCACAAAGCAGUUUUUGAUUUCACCACCAGCAUCCCCUCCUGUUGGAUGGAAGCAGAGUGAAGAUCCAACUCCAGUCAUUGACUAUGAUCUACUGUGUGCUGUUUCUAAACUAGGCCCAGGGGAGAAGUAUGAACUUCAUGCAGGGACAGAAUCCACACCCAGUGUGGUAGUCCAUGUGUGCGAGAGUGAGAACGAGGACGAGGAGGAUGAAACAAAGGGGUCCAAACAGAAAAUAGUGCAGACAAAACGUCCUUCACACCCCUCUGCCAUUUGAAAUGAGUCUGGAGAAUUUUAUUUUAAAUGAAAAUGUAGAGUCCAAAAAUCAUAUCAUUAAAGGGAAAUGUAGAUCAUACUCUUUACGUAUUGUAUAUAGCUAAAGACAAUCUAGGUCAUAUUAUCAGAAGUGGUACAAAUGUAUUUAUUUUUAUGGAUUUAUCUUAUUUGCUAUUAUGUGUGUUACGCAGUAUCAGUGUUUUACAAAUCCUUUGCAUAACAGCAAAGUGGUUAACUGGAGUGAAUUUGUGUAUGUUUGUAAAGGGUUCGUCCCUUGUAGCAGUGUGUAAAAUUAUGCUGCUGGAGAGUUUAAAAUACAACACAUUUAAUUAUAGGUACAUACUGUAUAUUCAAUAUACAUAUGUCAGUUUCUCUUGUGUUCUUUGAUAAUAAUAAUAAUGAAUAUCACUAAAUGUGAUUUACAAAUAGAACUUGGAAAGGGUCUACUGGCCUCCGUGUCAACUAAGCUCUUGAAAUGACCUUUGGAGUAAAACCCCAAUUAAGCUACUCAAACUUUCUUAUAAAGUUAUCGUUGUCCUGGGUGCUGUGGGACCUUGCUAUGCUUAGAGUAAAAUUACAAGGUUGUCAUGAUGGCCAUAGCAUGAGAGAAUAUGAGCUG